UGUUGUCAGAAACAAAGCAAGUUGUUUUACUCAGGGUGAUAAAGCGAAGACGGAAGCAACAUGCAGUGAAUACUCUUGUUUUCUUUCUUGAGUUAUUGGACGUUCCGUCGCGAGCUCAGCAGAAUCGCCUGCCUGCCUGCCUGCCUGCCUGCCUACCUUCUCUCACGAGGGGAGCCAGCCCAGUCUUGUCAGCGCGCGGCGGUGUGGUGGAAGAUGGCGCUAGCCGAAUGGAAAUCCUAAUGACAGUCUCCAAAUUUGCCUCUUUUUGUACCAUGGGCGCCAAUGCCUCUGCUCUGGAGAAAGAGAUUGGAUCUGAGCAGUUUCCGGUAAAUGAGCACUACUUCGGCCUGGUCAAUUUUGGAAACACCUGCUACUGCAACUCGGUGCUGCAGGCUCUGUACUUCUGCCGGCCAUUCCGGGAAAAGAUUUUAGCGUACCGCAGUCAGCCUCGGCGGAAGGAGAACCUGCUCACCUGCCUGGCUGACCUUUUCCAUAGUAUCGCCAACCAGAAGAGGAAGGUGGGGGUCAUACCACCCAAGAAGUUCAUCACACGACUACGCAAGGAGAAUGAGCUGUUUGACAACUACAUGCAGCAGGAUGCCCACGAGUUCUUAAACUACCUGCUCAACACCAUUGCUGAUCUCCUACAAGAGGAGAGGAAGCAGGAGAAGACCAAUGGGCGCCUUGCCAACGGCACGUUGGACUCCCAGAACAACAACAGCAAUGCCACACCUGCUCCCACCUGGGUCCACGAGAUCUUCCAAGGCACUCUGACCAAUGAGACACGCUGCCUCACCUGUGAAACGAUAAGCAGCAAAGAUGAGGACUUUCUUGACCUUUCUGUGGAUGUAGAACAGAAUACCUCCAUCACACACUGCCUCAGAGGUUUCAGUAACACAGAGACACUGUGCAGUGAGUACAAAUACUACUGUGAAGAAUGUAGGAGCAAGCAGGAGGCACACAAGAGGAUGCGUGUAAAGAAGCUGCCAAUGAUCCUGGCUCUGCACCUGAAGCGCUUUAAGUACAUGGAGCAGCUGCAGCGCUACACCAAGCUGUCCUAUCGCGUCGUCUUCCCCCUGGAGCUCCGCCUCUUCAACACCUCUGGGGACGCCACCAAUCCUGAGAGGCUCUACGACCUGGUCGCUGUGGUGGUGCAUUGUGGGAGUGGUCCAAACAGGGGCCACUACAUCGCCAUUGUGAAAAGUCAUGACUUCUGGUUGCUGUUUGAUGAUGAUAUUGUAGAGAAAAUAGAUGCUCAGGCCAUAGAAGAAUUCUACGGUCUCACUUCUGAAAUCUCCAAGAACUCUGAGUCGGGCUACAUCCUCUUUUACCAGUCUAGAGACUAAAAGUGGAUUUCAAGUGUUUCACCGCAGAAACCAGGAGAAAUGCUCUGUUCCCUCUUCUUGGGGGGGGGGGGGGCAGCGGACCACAAACACACCGCAGCAGCCCGCAUGGUGUCACACCUGCUUGCACAGCUGUAAUCCAUACCUGUGCUUUUACACACUCGGCACUGCAGCUCAGCCAUGGAAGUCCCGCCUACGUACCAGCUCCCAUCCUGUCUUUUCCUAGCCUCCACCCCCACCCCCACCCCCCAUCCCCUUCACUCUGGCUGGACGCUGCUGCUGCUGCUGCUGCAGGGACAAUGAGACGAUAAUGAAUGAAAACUGUGUCAAGAUUGUUUUUAAAAAAAGACAUUGAAUGAGGGUUGUACAGAUGUCGGUUGAUCGUAUGAGUGGCGUAUUAGUUUUUGCCUUGGGUGUGGGGUUGAAUGGGUAUUUAAUAAUUCAUAUGAUGUAAUAUUGGCCUGGUGUCUUCAUCCCCCCACACACACACACACUCUUACUCUGCACUGGGAUUUACUGAGAGUGGAUCAUGUUUUUGAUCAUGGAUGGAAAGGAGGAUGUGUGUGUGUGUGGGGGGGGGGUGAGUGUCCCACUUACUGGGUACACUGGGUUGUGUAUUUCUACAGUGUACAGAAUGGUAUUUGUAUAAAUAUUACAAGAAGAUAAUAUUAUCAUUGGAAAAUGUUAGAUCUUGAGAAGAUGUAUUAACACUAUGGUGCACUUUUGAUACCGUUUUGUAGGUGUUGGCAAGUUUAAUGUGAGGGUUUGCUUGAAAAGGCCUGUUGUGAAGCGAUCAUUUUCUGUUUUAAAGAAAAAGAAAUAAAGCCGGUAAGAUUGA